AAAAAGAGCAAUUGGAGAAAUCCAGUUUGACGGUAAAAUCUGUACCAAUCAUGUGCCUGCUAUCUUGACCUUACUGUUGCCAGUUUGUCUUUUGUGAGGUAUCCAUUUCAUCGACUUGAGUCUUAGGAAUGUUGUUUCCGACAUAGCGUGAUAUGCCUCAUAUCGUAAGAACAUAGGAAUUUUAGUCACGUAACAUAAGUACUAAGGUCUAAAACAGAGAAGAGAGUGUUCAUAUAGUAAUCAAGUAUGGACAACCUUCUCUCGAAUUGUUAAGCACGGAAGAUAGCUAAGACAUCGUGUAGUUAUACACUAUUUUCUUAUUUCGAAAUAAUCUUUUAUGCGGCGAUAGAAAGCGAGAAGAAAACAGUUCCUCGGAAGAGUCUCUGCACAACUGAUAGCAAUCAUCAACAUUGAGGAACGAUUUGCUGUCAAAAACGAUCUGAAAGUUUCAAUUUGAAGAGGAAAACUUCGUUUAUACCACAACUGCUCUAACUGGAAGGACUUUCAUACAAUUUCACGUUUAAGAAGUACGUUUACAACCGAUGGCUGAAGGGACAUCAGUGUGGUCCAAUGAGGAUCGUUAUGUCUCUCGAAUGAAUCUCCGAUACGAAAAACUCUURAAAAAACAGCUCGCYGUUCUUGAACACGAGAGAAAUAUGAAGACUAAGUCCUUGGAGGCAGAUAAAAGAACUUUYGAGGAACGAGUACAUCGUUUGAAUAUGGACCCGUCGGACCGCGCGCAUCUUUCUAARGAUACGGAAWRUAUGGUMACCGCCGAUAAGAAAAAAGAACUUGACCGYCUCUUGAAGAGUUUGAUGCACAGGCCCUACGAAACAAGAGCAGGGUAUUCUUACAUUGAAUAUCUAGCGAAGAAUAUGCAACCUUUGGUGAAGAGGCCUUUGCAAUGGGGGAUCAAYCCKCCUCUUUCUCCGCGCAAGGACGGCGCAGCACAGGGAGAAUURAAGAAGAAAUCUGARCCMAAACCUCAAUUGUUUUUAACACAAAUUGAAGGUCAAACAAUGUCACUAAGUCAACGCGCUUCAAUUCCUAACAAACAGAAAGCGCGCGCUAAAGGAAUAGUCCUCCCGCCAAUUGURAGUACAAUGAAACUUACAAACAGAACCRUUCCCGAGAAAAACAGACUMUCRCCCAGAAAAMAUUACAGAGAAACAYCAAAACACUCGCAGAAYGCGAAUGAUACGUUAAAUCCUGAAAGACAGCGAAARMGAUCUCAUCAAAAGAGCCCAAAACAAGACAAACKCGACGAGAAAUCUUCACUUGUUGUGCAAAACGCGCAGGACGAUAAGCGGCCGCCUAUUGCCAUGGCGACGUUAAAGGUUCCGUCCCCAACUUUCCCAUCUUUUAUAGAUAUUCCUAAAGCUGACGAAGAGCAUUUGGACAACGCCGAAGGGAAAGGCGAACAAGACGCGAAUGCUAGUAGAAUCUGUCGACCUAAUUACGCUUUAUCUAUAAACGCUCGAUUCYUAAUCAGACGCAAAUCAAUAUAGAACGACUAUACGCCCAAAGAAUCAUGGGUAGGUUGCACGCUGUCGACSGAAAAUCAAUAUAAGAAGUUACUACAAUUUCAUAGGUCCSGUGCAUUCACUAUAGCGCUAACUACCGGAUAAAACCUUAUAUAGCGGAUAAAAUCCUUACAAAAUCGAURKCURUUGGRUGGAUAGCUUAAUCCACRUMUUGCACAACGAGMYCCAUGCCCAAAUACAAUACAAAAACAACUUUAAUUGUUUUUAAAUUCAAUUAAUUUUAAACUACAUAGAGAUUUACGACAGAACAAUGUA